AUGGACGACAAAGCAAUUACGGGUAAACGCCGAUCUCAGAAUUGGCAAGAUGACGAGGAAGUGAUGUUAAUUAAGGAAGUUAAAACAAGAUCGGGGGCCUUGUUCGGCUUGAUGAAAGGGAGCGGGGCCAAAGGAAAGCUUAAAGUAACGCGAGAAAGGGAAUGGCAACUGAUUGCCGAUAAAUUGAAUUCACUAUACGACACCAAAAGGAGGACCUGGGAGGAGGUUAAGAAAAAAUAUUAUACUGUCAAAUCAAGAAGCAAAGAAAAGCUGGAUGGAGUUAAACGCCCAAAAACUGGUGGUGGUCCCCCUCUCCCCCCUCUCACACAAGGAGAGGAGACAUUUCUGCGUCUUGCAGAUGGAGAGCCACAUCUCUCUGGUCUACAGGGGGUAUUGAUACAGAUGCUCCAAGCAUGUCUUCAGUUUCUCAGACAGUUGACCCUGCAGGUGACCACCUCGAACAAGGUUCAGAAGAACAGAGUUUGACAGAUACGCCUACCAUUAGUACGGUUACCUCAGUUGAGAAAGUUCUAACAGUUCAAGUGAAUCAUGGAGUGAAACGAAAAGGAAAGACAGAUGCAGG